GGAGGGGAAGGCACACACGCGCGCGCUUUUCCAGCCGUUCGCUGCAGAUGCGACUGGACGGGCUCCGGUUUUCUGGAAAUAACUACAAAAUCAACAGUCCUUGUGGCUUCUCAUUGGAGUCCGUCCUCAGCUUACAAGCGCUUGUCAAACUCUCCAGAAUGAACAGGGCAUUUAACAGGAGAAAGGAUAAACCCAGCAUGCACACACCUGAAGCCUUGGUGAGAAGUCAUGUUGUGUAUAAUGCAAAGUUCUUGGGAAUCACAGAAGUGGAGCAGCCCAAAGGGACAGACAUGGUCCGUGUGGCCGUCAGGAAGCUGAAGUUUCAAAGGCACAUCAAGAAGUCAGAGGGGCAAAAAACUCCUAAAGUGGAGCUUCAGAUCUCUAUAUAUGGUGUGAAGAUAAUGGAUCUGAAAACCAAGGAGAUGCAGCAUAACUGCCAACUUCACAGAAUGUCCUUCUGUGCAGACGACAAAACAGAUAAAAGGAUCUUCACCUUUAUCUGCACAGAACCCGAGACGAAGAAACACCUGUGUUACGUCUUUGACAGUGAAAAAUGUGCGGAGGAGAUCACUCUUGCUAUUGGACAAGCCUUUGAUCUCGCCUACAAGAAGUUCCUAGAGUCUGGUGGAAAAGAUGUAGAGACGAGAAAACAGAUUGGAAACCUUCAGAAACGAAUUCAGGAUCUGGAGAUGGAGAACUCAAAACUGAAGAAGAAGCUUAAGGAACUGGAGGAUCAGCUGCUGGAUUCUCGCUGUUCUCCAAAGCCGCCUGCCUUGUCCUGGUGUGGUGAUGAUGUCACAUCACUGUCCAGCCUAGAGAUCUCCUCUGUCACUCUAACGCCUGCCAGCUCACCCGAUUCCAGCCAAUCAGCAAGCUUGCUCACCCCGCCACCUGCUAAGCCCACCCACUCAAAGCUCACAAGUGGUUGCAUCAUGCCACGACCUCGUGCUGGAAGCAUACAAGCUAGAGCGCCCUCUACUGACAUAUUUGAUAUGGUUCCAUUCACCCCCGAAUCUCCAAUAACAAGACGGCUGAACUGUAACAGCAUCUCAUCUCCGUACCUGCCUCCAAAAAAAGACAGAGAUAUAGACCUGUUUGGAAUAGAACCAUUUGAUCCGUUCAUUUGUGGACCUGCUGUCUUCACCCCAGACAUCCAGUCCAAACUGGAUGAGAUGCAGGAGGGGUUCCAAAUGGGACUGACUCUAGAGGGGACGGUGUUUUCCCUGGAUCAGGUGGAUAGCCAAUGCUGAUUUUGAAAAUACAUUUUUGUAAAUGCUGUGAUUCUUGAUCACAAAUCUUUUAAAGUAUAUUGCAUAUUAAAUAUUUGAUUUUGAAUUUAGUUUGAAAGAAAUGUUGCAGGAGCCUCAAAAAAGUCUGUAGAGGUCAUUUCUAUUUUUAUAAGAAAAAAUUAGCAUUUAAGAUUGUACAUACAGUUUAUGAUUUGUGUUCUGACCAAAUUUAGAUUAAAAUUUUAAAUUCAAAGACGCAUUCAUUCAUGGCCAAAAGUUGUUUAGAAUCUUUUAUACCAAAUGAUGAAAGAAGGUAAAAAAAAAUUGUUGCUCAUGUUGUAAUGGUGCAAUCAUAACCUGUAAUGGAACUUUUUUAUUUCAAGGUUAUAGAUUUAUUAGUCUUGAAAUAUAAAAAAAAAUGAUGGGUCUUUGAUAUGUUCAGCAAGAUCAUUGCUGAGGUUUAUAUUUCCUGAUGUUCAGAUCCUUUUUACUUCCGUUGAUGACUGUUUUAAUAUUUGUUAAAUGCGUUUAACUUGCUCUUUGGUGGUGAAUAAAUGAAAACUGAAAACUA